AGAGAAAGAGGAGGAGAGGAGAGAGUGAGAGAGAGUUAGAGAGGAAGAGAGAGGGAGUGAGAGGAAAGAGAGAGGUGAGGAGACAGAGAGGGGUUAGAGAGUAAGAGAGAGGGAGGUGAGAGUAAGAGGGGGAUGAAAGAGAUUUAGAGAGGCUAGAGUGUUAGAGAGUUUGCGCACCAGUGUAGUAGAGCCACACUGGUCUGGUCUGCUCUGGUCAAGUCCAAAGGGGGAAAAAGAGAGAGAGAGAGAGAGAGAGACAGUGAGAGAGAGGGAAAGAGAGAGAGAGAGAGAGAGAGAGAGAGAGAGAGAGAGACAGUGAGAGAGAGGGAAAGAGAGACCGAGGGGGAUAGUAAAGGCAGUCAGAGACUACAGCACCUGUCCUGUCUAAUCCAGAAAAAAACAUCUGCGUACCAAUACACUUCUACAUCUACAUCAGGAUUGUGGACGUUUCGCUGGAAAUAUGUCCAAGCAGCAGCAGUCAUCCAACGUCAAGGCCCUGGGGGCCAAUCUCAAUAUCCCGAUGGGGGCUCUGCGUCCGGGGGCGGGACAUCCUAUGAAGAGGAGAGAGGACACAGUGGAGGGAGAGGAGGUGUCGCAGAGCAGUCCUGAGGAGAAGAAGCCCAUGCCAGGAGCCGUGAAGCUGCCAGGCCCCCAGGUCAACCUCAGCGAGAUCCAGAACGUCAAGAGCGAACUGCGAUGGGUCACCAAGGACUAGACACAAGGAUGCCCUUCCCUGCUCCUCGACACUGAUGACACACAAGGACUACCAGCUACUUCCUGGUUCCACACCUUCUCGAUCCUGAUUUGUUCAGAAUGCAAAUGAGCGGAACACAACAACAACAACAGCAACAACAACAACAACAACAACAACAACAACAACAACAACAGCCAUUUUGUUUCUGCUCCACUACAUUAUACAACAUCAAAUCACUUAAUACACCAAUAACAAUAAUUACAAUAAUACAUAAAUGAACACUAGCAGACAGUAGUGACAAGCAUUACGCUGACAACAAUGAAGAUUAAAGCUUGUCUUCAGUACAGGGAGAGAGAGAGAGAGAGAGAGAGAGAGAGAGAGAGAGAGAGAGAGAGAGAGAGAGAGAGAGAGA